UUCCCGCGCGGACAACCUCAGUUCCCGGGCGUACGGCGCGCCCUGCCCUACUGCGCCGGGGCCGCCGCCGUCAUGGGUUUCCUGAAACUGAUUGAGAUCGAGAACUUUAAAUCGUACAAGGGUCGACAGAUUAUCGGACCAUUUCAGAGGUUCACCGCCAUCAUUGGACCCAAUGGCUCUGGUAAGUCAAAUCUCAUGGAUGCCAUAAGCUUUGUGCUGGGUGAAAAAACCAGCAAUCUGCGGGUAAAGACCCUGCGGGACCUGAUCCAUGGAGCGCCUGUGGGCAAGCCAGCUGCCAACCGGGCCUUUGUCAGCAUGGUCUACUCUGAGGAGGGUGCUGAGGACCGCACCUUUGCCCGCGUCAUUGUUGGCGGUUCCUCUGAGUACAAGAUCAACAACAAAGUGGUCCAGCUACAUGAGUACAGUGAGGAAUUAGAGAAGUUGGGCAUUCUCAUCAAGGCGCGUAACUUCCUCGUCUUCCAGGGUGCUGUGGAAUCUAUUGCCAUGAAGAACCCCAAAGAGAGGACAGCUCUAUUUGAAGAGAUUAGUCGCUCUGGAGAGCUGGCCCAGGAGUAUGACAAGCGAAAGAAGGAAAUGGUAAAGGCUGAAGAGGACACACAGUUUAAUUACCAUCGCAAGAAAAACAUUGCUGCUGAACGCAAGGAGGCCAAACAGGAGAAAGAAGAGGCUGACCGCUACCAGCGCCUGAAAGAUGAGGUGGUGCGAGCUCAGGUACAGCUGCAGCUCUUUAAGCUUUACCACAAUGAAGUGGAAAUUGAGAAGCUGAACAAGGAACUGGCCUCUAAGAACAAGGAGAUUGAGAAGGACAAGAAGCGUAUGGACAAGGUAGAGGAUGAGCUGAAGGAGAAGAAGAAGGAGCUGGGCAAAAUGAUGCGGGAGCAGCAGCAGAUUGAGAAGGAGAUCAAGGAGAAGGACUCAGAGCUGAACCAGAAACGGCCUCAGUACAUCAAAGCCAAGGAGAAUACCUCCCACAAAAUCAAGAAGCUGGAAGCAGCCAAGAAGUCUCUGCAGAAUGCUCAGAAGCACUACAAGAAGCGUAAAGGUGACAUGGAUGAGCUAGAGAAGGAGAUGCUAUCGGUAGAGAAGGCCCGGCAGGAGUUUGAAGAACGGAUGGAAGAGGAAAGUCAGAGUCAAGGCAGAGACUUGACCCUGGAGGAGAAUCAGGUGAAGAAAUACCACCGCUUGAAAGAAGAAGCCAGCAAGAGAGCAGCUACCCUGGCCCAGGAGCUGGAGAAGUUCAAUAGAGACCAGAAAGCUGACCAGGACCGUCUGGAUCUGGAAGAGCGAAAGAAAGUAGAGACAGAGGCCAAGAUCAAGCAAAAGCUGCGGGAGAUUGAAGAGAAUCAGAAACGGAUUGAGAAACUGGAGGAAUACAUCACCACUAGCAAGCAGUCUCUAGAGGAGCAGAAAAAGCUAGAGGGAGAGCUGACAGAGGAGGUGGAGAUGGCCAAGCGGCGUAUUGACGAGAUCAAUAAGGAGCUGAACCAGGUGAUGGAGCAGCUAGGGGAUGCCCGCAUCGACCGCCAGGAGAGCAGCCGCCAGCAGCGAAAGGCAGAGAUAAUGGAAAGCAUCAAGCGCCUUUACCCUGGCUCUGUGUACGGCCGCCUCAUUGACCUCUGCCAGCCCACACAAAAGAAGUAUCAGAUUGCUGUAACCAAGGUUUUGGGCAAGAACAUGGAUGCCAUUAUUGUGGACUCAGAGAAGACAGGCCGAGACUGUAUUCAGUAUAUCAAGGAGCAGCGUGGGGAGCCUGAGACUUUCUUGCCUCUUGACUACCUGGAGGUAAAACCUACAGAUGAGAAACUCCGGGAGCUGAAGGGGGCCAAGCUAGUGAUUGAUGUGAUUCGCUAUGAGCCACCACAUAUCAAAAAGGCCCUGCAGUAUGCUUGUGGCAAUGCCCUUGUCUGUGACAAUGUGGAGGAUGCCCGCCGCAUUGCCUUUGGAGGCCACCAGCGCCAUAAGACAGUGGCACUGGAUGGGACCCUGUUCCAGAAGUCGGGUGUGAUCUCUGGUGGGGCCAGUGACCUGAAGGCCAAGGCACGGCGCUGGGAUGAGAAAGCGGUAGACAAGUUGAAAGAGAAGAAGGAGCGGUUGACAGAGGAGCUGAAAGAGCAGAUGAAGGCAAAGCGGAAGGAGGCAGAGCUGCGGCAGGUGCAGUCUCAGGCCCACGGACUACAGAUGCGGCUCAAGUACUCACAAAGUGACCUAGAACAGACCAAGACACGACAUCUAGCCCUGAAUCUGCAGGAAAAGUCCAAGCUGGAGAGUGAGCUAGCCAACUUCGGGCCUCGCAUUAAUGAUAUCAAGAGGAUCAUCCAGAGCCGAGAGAGGGAAAUGAAAGACUUGAAGGAAAAGAUGAACCAGGUAGAGGAUGAGGUGUUUGAAGAGUUUUGUCGGGAGAUUGGUGUGCGCAACAUCCGAGAGUUUGAGGAAGAGAAGGUGAAACGACAGAAUGAAAUUGCCAAGAAGCGUUUGGAGUUUGAGAAUCAGAAGACUCGCUUGGGCAUCCAGUUGGAUUUUGAAAAGAACCAACUGAAGGAAGACCAGGAUAAAGUACACAUGUGGGAGCAGACAGUGAAAAAGGAUGAAAAUGAGAUAGAAAAGCUCAAGAAGGAGGAACAAAGACACAUGAAGAUCAUAGAUGAAACCAUGGCCCAGCUACAAGACCUGAAGAAUCAGCACCUGGCCAAGAAGUCAGAGGUGAAUGACAAGAAUCACGAGAUGGAAGAGAUUCGUAAGAAACUGGGGGGCGCCAACAAGGAAAUGACCCAUUUACAGAAAGAGGUGACAGCCAUUGAGACCAAGCUGGAACAGAAGCGCAGUGACCGCCACAACUUGCUACAGGCCUGCAAGAUGCAGGACAUCAAGUUGCCACUGUCGAAGGGCACCAUGGAUGAUAUUAGUCAGGAAGAGGGUAGCUCCCAGGGGGAGGAUUCAGUGAGUGGUUCCCAGAGAAUUUCCAGUAUCUAUGCACGAGAGGCCCUCAUCGAGAUUGACUAUGGCGACCUGUGUGAGGAUCUGAAGGAUGCCCAGGCUGAGGAGGAAAUCAAGCAGGAGAUGAACACACUGCAGCAGAAACUGAAUGAGCAACAGAGUGUACUUCAGCGUAUUGCUGCUCCCAACAUGAAGGCCAUGGAAAAGCUGGAAAGUGUCCGAGACAAGUUCCAAGAGACCUCAGAUGAGUUUGAGGCAGCCCGAAAGCGAGCAAAGAAGGCUAAGCAAGCAUUUGAACAGAUCAAGAAGGAGCGCUUUGACCGUUUCAAUGCUUGUUUUGAAUCUGUGGCUACCAACAUUGAUGAGAUCUAUAAGGCCCUAUCCCGCAACAGCAGUGCCCAGGCAUUCCUGGGGCCUGAAAACCCUGAGGAGCCCUACUUGGAUGGCAUCAACUACAACUGCGUGGCUCCUGGCAAACGCUUCCGGCCUAUGGAUAACUUGUCAGGCGGGGAGAAGACAGUGGCAGCUCUGGCCCUGCUCUUUGCCAUACACAGCUACAAGCCAGCCCCCUUCUUCGUCCUGGAUGAGAUCGAUGCUGCCUUGGAUAACACCAACAUUGGCAAGGUAGCAAAUUACAUCAAGGAGCAGUCGACUUGCAACUUCCAGGCCAUCGUCAUCUCUCUCAAGGAGGAGUUCUACACCAAGGCUGAGAGCCUCAUUGGAGUCUAUCCUGAGCAAGGGGACUGUGUGAUCAGCAAAGUCCUGACCUUCGACCUCACCAAGUACCCAGACGCCAACCCCAACCCAAAUGAGCAGUAGCAGUAGUUCUGCCCUCCCGCCCUAUCUGGAUCCCUAAGCUGCCCUUUUCCCAAUCUCUGGAUAUUUGGCUCCCAGUCUUCCCCUAUCUUCUGGCCCUUUUUGGUAUAGUCAUGGGAUUUAGGCACUGCUGUCAAGCACGAAGAAGAACAGAGGUGAUUAGGUCUGGAGCAAAAAUUCCUGAGCUACAGGGAGCAUCCUGGCCUCUGGAAGGAGGUGCUGAGCUGAGCUGAACUGAACUGAACUGAACAGGGCCAUCUGUCCAUCUCUCCUCCCCAAUCUCACCCUUAUCACCCAUAAUCAUGGGUCCCUUAGGUCCUUUGCCCACUGUGUGUGUGGGUAUGUGUGUGUGUGGGUAUGUGUGUCCACAGGCGUGCAUGUGGGUGUGACUGUAAAAUAAUACAAGAUAUUGGAGACCUGUUUUAGGAGGAGCCUAGGCUGAAUUUGAUUCCAAGAGAGCUUAGGAUGACAGCACCCUAGAGGGGCAAAGGUACUUGGGACCUCAUAGGAAUUUUAAGCAGUCACCUGAAGCUGCCGUCAUUCACUCAUGUAUUCAUCAAACACAUACUGAAUAUCCUGUUUGUCAGCCUGUAUGCUUGGAAUAGAGUUGAAUCAGACAUGAUCUUUAUCCUCCUGGCUUAGGAGAAGGCAGUGGGUUAAUGAAUUGCUGUGGUUAGCUGGACAUCAUUUGUACAGUCAGCCCUCCAUACCCGUAGGUUCUGUGUCCACAGACUUAACCAGCUGCCAUUGAAAAUAUUUAGGAAAAAAACAAAAGUAAUACAACAGAAAGGAAUACAAACUUAAAAACAAUACAGUACAACAACUAUUUACAUAGGAUUUACAUUGUAUUAGGUGUUAAGUCAUCUAGGGAUGAUUUAAAGUACACAGGAAGAUGUGCAUAGGUCAUAUGCAAAUGCUGCACCAUUUUACAUAAGGGACUUGAGCAUCUGCAGAUUUUGGUAUCUGUGUGGGUCCUGGAACCAAUCCCCUUGCGGAUGCUGAUGGAUGACUGUACUUUGAAUUUGAAAAGAGGAGGAUUACCUCCAGGCUUCUGGAGAAGGUCACAUUUGAGCUGGACGUCGACAAAUUGGUAGGAUUUGGUCAGGCACUAGGAACAGAGCAUGGGCUCUGGGGACAGACAGUUACAGAUUCUGAUCCCACUUUUGAUCAUUACUAGUUGUUUGACCUUGGGCAAGUCAUUUGACCUAUCUGUGCCUCAGUUUCCUCAUCUAUAAAAUGGGGCUAACAAUAUUACCUACCUCAUAGGAUUUAAUGAUGUCAAGCUCCUCACUGGAGGCCUUAUUACUGCUUGGAUCCCACUAGCUGCCAACCUCUCAGAAUACAAGCCUUCUCAUACCUGGACCCCUGAGGGCUUCUGAUCACGGCUGUUGGGACAGAAGGAGCCUCUAAAUCUGGGAGGUGCUGAAUGCCCUGGUUACUGGGAAAGUUCCAGGGCAAUGAUGAGGUUUUACCUGGUAAGGAGGGCCUGAGGAAGCCUAUAGCUUCAACCAUGUAUGAUAACGGUGCUUGGACUACAAUCUGAGUUCUGAGGAAAUAGGGGAGAGGUAGCCUGGGCCACUUCCCAGCCUAAUGUGUGAGGUUCCUUUUGGGAACUAACAUUAGCUGUAAGGACCGCGCAGAGGCAUCAAAGCCUGUUGUGAGUUCAGCUUUUACUCACUGGCAUAUGCCACCAGACUUUUGUCUUAAUCUGUAUGUUGCUUUUUGGUUUUUUGAAGUUAAGUCAGUUCUAAUUACCCAAGUAAUGCAUGAAUCCGUUUUUUUAAGGAAUUAGAUUGUUACAGGUAAAGGUAGCCUCAUUCAACCACCAACCACUCCCCCUCCUGAUUCUUUCUUACUUGCUGUUAAAUUUGUUGUAUUUUCAUCUAGACUUUAAUACUUUUACAUAAAUAUAUGAAUUCAUUGGAAAUAUUGUGUUUAAUGCAAAUGGUAUAUUCUGCAAUUUGCUUUCUUUGCUUAACAGUGUUUGUGAGAUCUGUGCAUGUUGUUAAAUAUGUAUCAGUCCAUCCUCUGUGAUUGCUGUAUAGAUUGCCAUCAUAUGACUCUACCACAUUUUAUUUGCCCAUUUCUCUUGUGAUGCACCUUGACUGUUUUCAGUUUUUGCUGUUACAAAAUAUUAACACAGGAGCAUCCCUGUACCUGUGUGAAAGUGUGUGCAUGUAUGUGUGAAAAUUUACCUAGGGUUGAUUCCUAGAAGUGAAAUUAGAGUCAUAGGAUAUUUAUAUACUUGUUUUAAUAGAUACUUCCAAAUUGCCCUCCUGUACUAUUUACUCAGUAUUUUUCUUGAGGCAAUCUGAGGUCUAACAUUGUUAUCUAUAUCAGUUUCAUCCUAAGUAGUGAUAUCCAUGCAAUCACAGGUUUAUGCGCUAAUCAUGUAUUUUUCUAAUACAUAUUAAAAGGUGUUAACUAUCAAAACAAAAUAAAUUUGUGUUCAACCAAAGAAGUCACAUACCACCAGUGGUACAUGUGCCAUUAUUUGGCGAAUGCUGACAUAUGAAAGAGCUCAAUUUGGGGGUCAGACCUGGUUCAAAUCCUAGCUGUAGAAACUUGGGCAAGUUCCUUCAACUCUGAGCCUCAGUUUCCUCAUCUAUAAAAGCAGAUAACACCUACCUUGCAGCAGUGAAGAGAAGAUUAAAUGAAAUACAUCUUAAGCAAUUUGGCUGGCAUCUAGAUCACCAUAGCCCUUUAAAGGUAAGCAAUUGCUAUUCUCCUCACUUUACAUAUGAGGAAACUGAGGCCCAGAAAGGUUAAGUAACCCACCUGCCAGAUAACGUCCUGGGUUCGAGCCCGGGUCCCCUGAUUCAUUCUAGUGCUUUCUGCACUAUAAGGGUGGUUAUCAACCUGGACUGCACGUCAGAAUCAUUUGUGAAGCCUUUUUCUUUCUCAAAAACCAAAGCAAUAUAUACACAGGUAAAAAAUAGAAUAGUGGUACAGAAGGGCUCAUAAUGAAAAGCAGCAGUUCUCUGCUGCACCCCCACAUCCAAAGGAUGUGGAGCUCUUUAAAAAUAAAUUGCUCUGGUCCCGCCUCUGGAAAUCUGAUUCAGUAGGCGUGAAUAAUAACCUGGAUAACUAACCCCUACCUCACAGGAUGGAAAGGAUUACAUGAGGUGCCUUGGGCUAAUGCCCUGGCACACAGGAAUACAAGUGCUACAAAGGAGCAUCAAGGACUUAAGACCUGAGGAUCAAGGAGGUGAGAUGACUUGUCCAAGAUUCCAGUGGUGUAGUGGCAUAGUCUAGACUUCCACUCAGAUCUCCUUAGUGCUUGCCUACUGCUCUUUCCUGUUGUGCCCUACUGCCUCCUGUCAUUGCAAGGCAACUUGUGUCAGUGAAGGCUGUGCUCAGAGGAGGGGAGACACUGUGGUGUGUUUCCAAGAGCAAGCUUUAUCGGAGGAGAAUCCUUAGGGCUUAGAGGGACUAGGUUGACUCCCUUAUAUUCUAGACCCAGUAGCCUUGGUCUUGGAAGUUGAAGCUACUCCACAACAGAAUCUACCUUUAAUGGGCACUUCAUGCUGGAAAUCACAGUGUUGCACACCAGGAACACAAAGAUGAAUAAAAUCUUUAUCCUGCAGUU